UUUCGUUAUUACGAUGCUUUUAUACUAAGUUUUGCGGUGGAUACGUUGAGUCUACUGCGUUUCACUAGUGGUUGACCUGUACUACUUGUCGUCAUGGAAACAGACGCGCAGGCGUUGCGGUCAUUUUUCUUCGUAAGUACGGGCUGAAAUCUUUUGUCUCUGGGGACACCUAGGUACAUCAAUUGGACUCUUGCUGAUAAACAAACUUUGAAAAUUCGAAAAAAUAUUUGUACGUACACGCGAUCAUCGCUAAAGGCGGGAGAAAAUUAAGGUCAACCCCGAGAGUUUUCACAUUGAAUGCUCAUGAUAUCCAAAUUCGAAAUCAUAUUUUAAAAACGCUUACGUUUGUGAACAUAUUUAGUGCUACAAAUUAGAUUUUCCCUCAUUUUUAUAAAUAAAACAAGUUUCAGAAAAUAUAGUUGACCGGAUGUUUUUACCCCUAUUCACUGGCAAUUUAAAUGACACGCACACGUGACAGGAGAAACACAGACGACAACACGCAAUAUUUGUCCAAGACGCAACGCAAGCCGCCAGUAGUUUAACCUAAAAUAUAAAAUAAUGUUUACAUCACGGAAGCAAAGUUUUAGAAAUAUUAUUGAAUAAGAAAUGAGCAAAUAUCUGCGCGGAUAAAAUCUGAAAACAGCUAUGAGCUCCAAGGGCGAUUUUAGCGACGAGGAAGCCAUUGACAACAACAACGAUGACAGUGACAGCGAUUUCAAUAUCGGUGAUUACGAAGAUGAGCCUUAUGACAGCGACGAAUCUCUGGAGAACGGUCGAAGAAACGCGGGGAAAGAACAACACAGCCAAAAUGAGGUUGAUGAUGACAAUUAUCCUGAGGAGAGAGAAUACAUCGGACCUGUGUUACCUGGGGGCCAUAGAUUUGAUAGAAAAUUUGUGUGCAUUAAGUAUCCUGGAAAUGUGAUCAAUACAGAAAAAGCUAUCGAGACUCUAGGUGGUUUGACAUCUAUUUCAACGGCUGUGGAUACACGUAAUCGCAGAUUGGAACUCAGAUUUAGACCUGCCGACGGAUAUUGUAAGCCAGCCUGCGGCGAUCGUCAUGUGACAACUGGGUUUUUAUUAAAAGUCAAAGUGAAAAACAAACGGAUCAGAGACGAAGUUGACGAGCAGAAGACUACUGCAGAAGUAGUAGAAGUUAUUAAUAUGGGAACUACAGAAGGUCCAAGAGAUUUUGAAGAUUCUGUUAAUAGUAAUCAGGAAACUCUGCAGGAAAAAUCAAACACCGCAGCUGAGGUUAGGCAUGGGUUGAACGAAUUAACAAGCAAAAUUGCAGACUGCAGUCUGAGCCCUGAUCACGAUAGAGCGGGAGAAGGUGAAGAUCAUGAUACAGAAGAUGCAACAGGAAGAGAACGAAAAGAUUCUAAUACAGAUGCUAAAUUUAAAGAAAGCUGUUUACAUCUCUUUGAAAAAAACAAAUACAAGGACUUGUCACAAGACGCAGACUACGAACUACCAGAACUGGCUGUUUUGGGCCAAGUUGAUACAGAAUUCCGUUUUAUGAAUCUUUGUGAUUUUCAGUACCUCCCGAUAACGCCGAGUAUGAAAAAUCCCGGGGAGAAUGAAUGCAUCUAUGAUUCGAUUUACCCAGUUAAUGUGCCACCCUAUAGUUGGCUGAAAAACAAGGUUCCCUAUUUCUUGCCGCCAGCAGCGUUUAGUCGGAUGGAUAACGUGCAAUUAUAUGUACCAAAAACAGGCACGGAUUCGGCGCCAGAAAACGUGAUAGGAAAAACGCGAAAGAGACGAGCGGGUUAUUCAAAUUUCAUAAACUUCCAUACUCCAGCCGUUCCGACGCAUCCGCCAAAAGGCAUAGAGAAUGCGAUGAGGGUCAAGUUCCUGCAAACUUUCCAUCUGGAAAGGGUUAGAAAAUUUUUCGAACAGCGACCCAUUUGGUCCAAGAAUGCGCUGAUGUACGAAACGAAAUUUACGAGCGAACAAUUAAAGAUUCUUCUGCCCUCAGUCGCUUAUUACUUUAUGACCGGCCCUUGGAGAAUCAUGUGGGUUAAGCUGGGAUACGAUCCUAGAAAAGAUCCUACAGCCAGGAUUUAUCAGACUCUGGAUUACAGAUUGAAGGCAAUGCACGGACUAGAGUCAACAGUGAAAUGUAAGCGAAGUUAUUCGAACUACAUUUUGCCUUACAAAUUGGCACCAGCUUCGAAACCAAAGACUACAGUUCUCUCUGCAACAUGGCCAGAAAAUGACAGGAAGAAGGAAAAGCAUCUGCAUAAAAACGUUUAUCUCUAUGAAGAAGGAACGGUGCCACCUUCCAGGCAAAUGUUUUACCAGUACUGUGACGUCCAUGUCGAUGAAAUACAAGAGAUGUUGUCCAAGCUACCCGAUCCUACACCUGACACAAAGUGCCAUGAAAAAAUGGGUUGGCUGCCAGUUGGUUUUGACGAUCACUGCAGAGAAAUAAUAAAUAAACAGGUUCGCGGAGUUCUUAGAAAGCAGAUGAAUAUUCCUGAAGAUUACCCAACAUCAUUGCCUCGUAAGCGCAAAUUUAAAUCAAAAAUCAAACUUGGACGAUUCAACAACAAGCAAUCGAAGAAUAGUCAUCUCAUCAAUCCAGAUUCUACCUCGAUUCACAUGGAAGUGAUUCCCGGAGGAUCGGAUGACGAAUGGGAAGAGGUAAAUGAGUCUGAAAUGCCGAGUACGAGUCGACAAGAUUCGUAGUGUUUCAUGUACCCGAGACCUGGCCAAGGAUAUUGUUUAUAUUUUAAUAAAUUGAUAAUUAAAAAAAUUGGUUCACUGUUAAAUUUUUUCAAUGGCUGCAGCACGUUACAAACAACAGAAACUCGGGAUGGAUAGAUAGAUGAUAGGCAGAACAAAUAAAAUUUAGUAUUUUACAAGAGUUUAAUCCUUUUACAUCAUAUAUAUAUAUAUAAUAUAUAUAAAUAUGUGUAUAUAUAUAUGUAUGUCCGAUACUUACAAAGGCAUUGUGGAAUAUGUAUAAUUCAAGAACAAUUAGUGAACGCUGUAUAGUGGUUACGCAUAAUGGAUGUUAAUGUGUAAUUCGUCUCGUCUGAAGACUUUUAAAUUAAGGUAAAUUUUGGACUUGCUGAAUAGACAUUUUGUGAUAUUCACGUAAUUACCAAGCCACUAUGGCUUUUCAUGGUAAACGAUGCAGUGACAUGGUUUAAGAAACAUAUCUUCUCCAAUUGUACAGUCUAAUAUUUUAUUGUCGUAGUUACCUGCGGCUAGGUUUGAAAAGUCUUAGCGACUACGUUCAAUUAAUCUUGCCAAACAUCAAGUACUAGCUGAUUUAGCUUUGGGAUACUCACAGAUAAUGAACUAUUUAACAACAUACAUCACCGAAUACGAAUUAUAAGAGUCAUGAAAGAUCAAGAUGAAUUUAAAUUGAUGCAUAAAAGGACUGACAAUCAAAUAUUCCAAGGCUGUGGAUAAUUUGGUAGCAAAAGUUACAGUGCUGAGGUUCGUAGUUCCGGGAAUAAAACAGAAAUAUUACAUGCUUCUGGGUUUGAACCAGUAAAAGACGAAAUUGUAAAUUCAAAUGGUGAAAAAAAAAUGUGAUCAAGAUCUUCGAGGAAUUAUAAAACUAAAAUUAAAAUAA